CCUUCCACGUUUCGGUCAUAUGCCAAGUUGAGGGUUGUCGACUGUAGUGUAUAUAAACGUUUAUCCCUUUUACUCGUUCUUCAGUUGGCAAAACGCUGUUGCAUGGUGCGAGUACGCGGAAAAUUUGGAUGCCAAAGUGUUUCGGAACUACGGAGACUUUGUAGCAGCAGCGAAAAUCAAUUUUUUAACACAAGCUUGAAAUUCACGAGGACUUCGGCUAAUGUCUUUUGAUGACACUUCAAGCUGUAAGAGGCAGUCAGACCACGGCUCGCAAUAAGGAAACAAAUCCGAAGCAAGAUUUCAUAAUCUGUCCGAACAAAUAAAAAUCGGAAAUGAAGCAUACAAGAUAAACACAGAUUUCCGGAACUUGCCUGGUAUGAGCAAAAACUAUUACUACAAACAAAAUGGAUAAAAGUGAAAGGAACCUAUUGAAGAAUCCGCGUCAAAAUGCCAAUCUAUUAUCUAUUCUUACGUUCUGGUGGAUCCUCAAGUUGUUCAUUGUCGGUUACAAAAAAGAAUUGGAAGAAGAGGAUUUGUAUUGUCCAUUGAGAGAGGACAGGAGCAGUUACUUAGGCGAACGUAUUGUAAAAUAUUGGGAGAUUGAAGUGAAACGACACGAGAAGAAGAAGGAUAGCCCUAAACCAAGUUUAUUUAGGGUAUUGUACAAAUGCUUCGGUAAAAUUGUCAUGAACACUGGACUAGCACUGUUUGUUCUAGAAUUCGGCAUACGGAUCAUACAUCCUUUCCUUCUCGCUAGAUUACUACGUUACUUCGCUGGGAAUAGAAAGGAUUGGACCAGUGAUGUACAUUACUAUGCAGCAGCAUUUUGUUUACUACCUUUGCUAGAUGUUCUGAUUAUGCAUUGGUCCUUACAAACCUUGACGCAUGUCGGAAUGAAAAUUAGAGUGGCUUGUUGUACCUUGAUUUAUAGGAAGAUAUUGAGACUAUCCAAUUCUGUCCUUGAAAAUGAAACCUCUGCUGGGCAGAUGGUUAAUUUCUUGAGUAACGACGUUAAUCGUCUCGAUUACUUCGUCUUUAGUAUUCAUUAUUUAUGGAUUGGACCUCUACAAGUAUUUCUAAUAGCCUAUUUAAUAUAUCGUGAGAUAGGCCUGGGAGCUAUUACUGGGAUGAUGACAUUUUUAUUAUGCAUACCAUUACAGUUAUAUUUUGGAAAGAGAGUGUCACGUUUGACUCUUGUAUCGGCCCAGAAGACUGACAAUAGAUUAAGUUUGAUGAACCAAAUUAUAGCUGGUGUAGAAUUAAUCAAGAUGUACGUUUGGGAGGUACCGUACUCUCUUCUCGUUGAAAAAGCUAGACGAAAAGAAGUGGAUGUGAUCAAGAAAUAUUCGAUUGUCGAGCAAAUAGGUUUAACGUGUGAUAUCUAUGUUCCUCGAGUCAGCUUAUUUAUUACGAUAUUAACCUACGUUUUAACUGGCAACACCAUAGAUGCCGAGAAAGUAUUUAUGACUACUGCGUUUUACGCCAUUUUACAAAGCUCUAUGACCGUCGGUUUCACUCUAAGUGUCCAUCUGCUAGCUGAAGCCAUGGUGUCCGUCAGGCGUCUCGAGAAGUUCAUGAUGCACCCCGAAAUCAUUCCUCCGCCGAAGACGCAGAAUCAAGUAGCCACCCAAUCACUGCCCGUAUACCUGAAAAACGUGUCCGCCAGGUGGGACGAGUCCAGAGACUGCACUUUACAAAACGUAGAUUUAUCGAUACAAGCCGGAAGCUUCGUAGCGGUGAUCGGACAAAUCGGUUCUGGAAAGAGUAGCCUCCUAAAAGCGAUACUCAGUGAGUUACCAUUACAAGAUGGCAUCCUAGAAACCAGCGGUAAAAUAAGUUUCGCCGAUCAACGACCUUGGAUAUUUGCCUCCUCCAUCCGACAGAACAUACUGUUUGGUCAGCCUUACAACGAAAAGCGUUACAACGAGGUGAUUAAAGUCUGUCAACUAAAACGCGACAUAGAUUCGUUUACGCACAAAGACAGCACGAUGGUCGGCGAAAGAGGGAUCAAUUUAAGUGGCGGUCAACGAGCUAGAAUUAAUUUGGCCCGUGCCAUCUACGCCGAGGCCGACAUAUAUCUGUUGGAUGAUCCUCUAUCGGCGGUCGACGGACACGUGGGUAGCCACAUCGUGGACGAGUGUAUCUGCGGUUUCCUCAAGGGCAAGACUCGAAUUCUAGUCACCCAUCAGAUCCAGUACUUGAAACCCGCCGAUCAGAUCGUCGUGAUCAACGGCGGUGCCGUGCAAGCGAAGGGCAGCUUCGAGGAGCUUCAGAGGAUGAGUCUGGACUUCAUGAAGAUCUUCAAAGAGGUGGAAGAGAGCAAGACCAAAGAACCCGAAACCGAGGAGAAGCAAACGAUCGAGGAGACGAAGAAAGAGGAAGAACCGGAAGUAGGCAGUGAACCUGUCGAGGUGGCAGAAACGAGAACCGUAGGGAAAAUUUCCGCCGCCGUUUUCUUAGCCUACUGGAAAGCAAGUAAAAACCCGUGUCUGCUCGCUUUCAUGGUGGUUCUGUUUAUUUUGAGUCAAGUAAUGGCGAGCGGCGCUGACUACUUGCUCGCGUUCUGGGUGAACACCGAGGUAGCCUCGUGGGUUAAUAUCGGAAAUGGUACGAUGGCUUUUCAAUGGAAUACUUUACUAUCUCGCGAUGGAAUUAUUUAUAUUUACAGCGCCUUAACGUUCGGCUUCGUCUGCGUCUAUAUCGUCGAAGCGUUCACGUACUAUGGGGUCUGCAUGAGAGCCUCGAAAAAUUUGCACGCGGCGAUGUUUCGUAGUAUUGUUCGGGCUACCAUGUACUUUUUCAACACUAAUCCUGCUGGUCGUAUAUUAAACAGGUUUUCCAAAGACAUUGGUGCUAUCGAUAAGAAGCUUCCUUUCACGACGUUCGAUGUCACAAUUAUGUUCUUAACGUUUAUCGGAACUGUAGUAAUUGUGGGUACUGUCAGCGCGUGGUUAUUGAUACCGACAUUUGUCGCUCUACUCAUUUUCUACUACAUGCGAGUUAUUUAUAUUGCAACUAGUCGUUCUGUUAAACGUAUGGAGGGUACAACACGAUCGCCAGUGUUUGAUCACGUCGGUGCAACUCUGCAGGGUCUCACGACAAUCAGAGCGUUCAAAGCUGAAGAAAUAGUCACAAAAGAUUUCGACAAUCAUCAGGACCUUCACACGUCCACCUGGUUCAUAUUUAUAACCAUUUCCCGAGCCUUCGGUCUGUAUAUAGAGUGGUUCUGUCUGAUCUAUGUAGGAAUAAUCACAAUCGCGUUCUUAUUAUUCGAGGAUCUCGCUAUUGCCGGAGACAUAGGUUUGGUGAUCACGCAGAUCACCGCGGUGACUAAAAUUUUGCAAUGGGGUAUGAGGCAAACUGCCGAGUUAGAAAAUCACAUGACUUCCAUCGAGAGAGUUUUAGAGUACAGUCAUUUAGAGGAAGAACCCUUCUUAGACAGUAUACCGGAAAAGAAACCUCCCAAGGAGUGGCCCACUGCGGGCAUGGUGGAAUUCAAAAAUGUCAGAUUAAAGUAUGGACCGAAGAGUGCUUACGUGUUGAAGGGUAUAAACUUCGUGGUGAAAUCCAAAGAGAAAAUUGGUGUCGUUGGGAGAACCGGUGCAGGGAAGACCUCAUUGAUCAGUGCUCUCUUUCGAUUGGCAUACAUAGAAGGAGAAAUUAGCAUAGACAAUAUACCCACAGACACAGUUGCGUUGCACGACUUCCGUUCAAAGAUCAGUAUUAUACCCCAAGAACCGGUGCUGUUUAGUGGUAGUCUUCGAAGAAAUUUGGAUCCCUUUGAUGAGUAUUCUGAUAACGAUUUAUGGAGUGCGUUGCAAGAAGUAGAAUUGAAGGAGACUAUCGCGGAUAUGCCAGCAGGUUUAACUAGCAAAGUAGCCGAGGAGGGAUCAAAUUUUAGCGUUGGACAACGUCAAUUAUUGUGUCUUGUUAGAGCACUUGUUAGGAAUAAUAAGAUUAUGGUUCUCGAUGAAGCCACUGCCAAUGUUGACUCGCAAACUGAUUCCAUGAUUCAAAAGACUGUUAGGAAGAAGUUUAAGCAUUGUACUGUCUUCACUAUAGCGCAUAGAUUAAAUACCAUUAUGGAUAGUGAUAAAAUACUUGUGAUGGACCAAGGUAACUUAAUGGAAUUUGAUCAUCCUUAUAUUCUAUUGCAAAAGAAAGGAUAUUUUUACAAUAUGGUACAACAAACAGGUCCUACAAUGGCAAAUAACUUAUUUGAAACAGCAAAGAAGUUUUUUUACAAGAACAACGAAGCACUGUCUUGAUGAUGCUUCAACUCUACAAUUUUAAUUUAAAUGAAAUUCUUUUUCUACGUCCAAUUUUACUAUCUUGAAACUUGACAGCUUCUCUUAAAUAUUCCUGAUUCCUGUCUUUGGGGAAAUUGUCGUGAAAGUAUGGUGCUUUCAAAGGUAUUACAAAUUAUUAUUAAUCUACUACGAUAAGAAUAGUAAUAAUUUUUUGUAACAGAAAUAUAAUUUCAAUAAAAGAUUCUACAGCAAAGAACAUAUCCUUCAUACCAGUCAACAUUUGUAUAAUAUAAAUCUGCUGUGGCAUAUUUUUAAGCAGUUAAUUAUAAUCAGGUGUCAAAUUAUUUUUUUAAUAGUGGGAUUGGAAUGUUAAAAUUAUAGAACUGUAG